UUUUGUGAUUUACCAAACUUGGAAUUGAUUUAAUUAGUUUAACUUACAAAAGAUGAUGAUUGUUUUUGUUUUUAUUUUUCUUAACAUUGCAAAUCUUGAAUGAAUAUCAAAUGUUUACUUUCUGUGUUUACACUUAAUUUUUCGUGGAAAUAAUCAGCUGAUCUUAAAACGAGUUGUUUUCUGUAUUUUUAGCCACAACAACAAAAACAAAAACAAAAACAUUAGAGAAUCUAAAGUUUAAAUGAUUUAAUUAUUUAAUUUUCUUUUUAAAUCUUCUCAAGCUAAGUUUUGGGUUUUAAAUUUCGAAAAAAGUCCGAAAAUUGAGCUGAAAUUAUCGGAGAAAUGUUAUCCUCAAGUUCACCCACUUUUAUCCGAUGGAUAAUCUCAUUUGUUAUCCCAAUUCUAGUUGUUAUCCAUGGUUAUCGGAAGAAAAAUUUAAACUGGACCGGAGCAAUUACUGCCUUGAUUGUUGGUUUUAUCCUGACCAUCAGCAAUAUGUGUUUUAUGGCCUGUAUGUUGACAUUUUUUUUCACCUCAUCUCGUGCAACUAAAUACAAGAGUAAUUUAAAGCGUAAAAUUGAAUCGGAUUACGAGAAAUCAAGUUGCCGUAAUUGGAUUCAGGUCAUUUGUAACGGUGGAGUGGCCUCUUUAUUUGCUAUUAUUUUCAUAUAUCAUCAAGGUUUUGCCGCCGAGAUACCGAUUAAUUUAGUAAACAAUUACUACUCUUCCUGGUUUGCCUUGGGGGUCAUGGGAAGUAUAGCUUGUUGUAAUGGCGAUACUUGGGCAUCGGAAUUGGGCCUUGCCCUUGGUUCAAGUAAUCCAAGACUAAUAACCACAGGACGACAGGUUCCUAAAGGCACCAAUGGAGGGGUCACUUUAAUCGGCCUCAUCCUUUCAGCCUUUGGCGGUCUUGUGGUUGGAUUAAUUUACUACCUCUUUGUUAUACUCUCAGUGGACCAAUCGACUCUCUCGAUUAGUCCACCUCAAUGGCCAAUUAUCGCUAGUGGGUUGAUCGCUGGUCUAUUUGGAUCAAUUGUCGAUUCCCUUAUUGGCGCUACGCUACAAUUUUCGGGUCUAAAUAAAAGCACCGGGACUAUCGUUGAAACACCGGGUAAAAAUGUCCAAUGGAUUAGUGGAUCUCCUGUUUUUAACAAUCACACUGUUAAUUUAUUAUCAUCAAUUUCUAUGGCCUUGAUUACUCCAAUUAUAUCGCAAUUAAUUUGGCCAUAAUCAACUGCCAACAAUUACAAUUCCUGUUAAUCUUUUCGUUCAUCAAAUCAAUCAACUUUACCCACCGUCUUAAAUUAUUUGUGUCUUAUUAUCUAAUUAACGUUGAUGAUUAAGCUGAAAAAUAUAUUUUAACGAUCAUCAGAUCGUUUCUAUUUUGUACAACAAUUGGUUAAUUGUUUUCCAAUCAAAUCAUAUUCCUAUUGUAAUAGUUAAUUUAAUGUAUCGAACAAUUUUUCAACUUUAAUACGAAAAUUUUGUCAACCAUUUUGUGUUUUAAUCAACACAAUUAAAAGAAAUAUAAACAAAAAUCCUUUCUAACCUGA